AGAGCCAAGAAGAAGACCAAGCCCUUGAACCUUAAGAUCCACAGCAGCGUGGGCAGCUGUGAGAAUCUGCCCACGCAGCGCUCACCCCUCCACACCGAACGAUCUCUGCGAUCCUUCUUCUUCCCCUCCUUCAUCCCUUCCACACCUCCUGUCCAUGCUGAAACACCCUCUGCAAACACUCUCUCAGUGCCUCGCUGGUCCCCACAGAUUCCCCGAAGAGAUUUGGGAAACUCAAUAAAACACAGGUUUUCCACAAAGUAUUGGAUGUCCCAGACAUGCAUAGUAUGUGGAAAGGGAAUGUUGUUUGGACUGAAAUGUAAAAACUGCAAGCUGAAGUGCCACAACAAAUGCACCAAAGAAGCCCCACCUUGCCAUUUAUUGAUCAUACAGCGAGGUGGACGAGAAUCCCUCAAAGAUCACCAAGGAACAACUCAAGUAGCUCGUCUGGUACGGACCGAAUCGGUGCCAUGUGACAUCAACAACCCGCUCAGGUACACAGACCUGCACAUCAGUCAGACUCUCCCCAAAACCAACAAAAUCAACAAGGAUCACAUCCCAGUCCCGUACCAACCAGACUCCAGCAGUAAUCCCUCAUCCACCACCUCUUCCACCCCAUCCUCCCCUGCUCCUCCUCUGCCCAGCAGUGCCACUCCCCCAUCGCCCCUACAUCCCUCCCCACAGUCGGCGCGGCAACAGAAACAGUUCAACUUGACAGCAUCCAGUUAUUUCAAAUACAAACAACAGUUCAUCUUUCCUGAUGUUGCUCCAGAGGCUCCUCCAAGCAGAGCACCGCAGGUCAUCCUGCACCCUGUCCUGUCUGAACCAGGGAAUGAGGGCAACCCUUUACUUCAAAUCGAAGUUGAACCUACAUCAGAUAACGAGGAGGGCAACGACGAGGACUCCGGUGAUGAGUUUGAGGAGAUGAACCUGUCGCUCCUGUCGGCUCGCAACUUCCCUCGCAAGGCCAGCCAGACCAGCAUCUUCCUGCAGGAGUGGGACAUCCCGAUUGAGCAGCUGGAGAUUGGGGAGAUGAUUGGCAAGGGGCGCUUUGGCAAAGUUUUCCACGGACGCUGGCACGGUGAGGUGGCCAUCCGUUUGAUCGACAUUGAGCGCGACAACGAGGACCAGCUCAAGGCCUUCAAGCGCGAGGUGAUGGCCUACCGCAACACUCGCCACGAGAAUGUGGUGCUGUUUAUGGGGGCCUGCAUGAGCCCACCACACCUGGCAAUCAUCACCAGCUUGUGUAAAGGCAGGACCCUUUAUUCCGUGGUGCGGGAUGCCAAGGUUGUCCUGGAUGUUAACAAGACCAGACAGAUCGCACAAGAGAUGGUCAAGGGGAUGGGCUACCUCCACGCUAAGGGGAUCUUACACAAAGACAUGAAGUCCAAGAACGUGUUUUAUGACAACGGCAAAAUUGUCAUCACUGACUUUGGACUCUUCACCAUAUCUGGGGUUUUGCAGGCUGGCAGCCGGAGAGAAGACAAACUGAGGAUCCCCAACGGUUGGCUGUGUCACCUGGCCCCAGAAAUAAUCCAGCAGCUCUCUCCGGACACAGAGGAGGACAAGCUUCCCUUCUCCAAACAGUCAGAUGUUUUUGCUUUUGGGACCAUCUGGUACGAGUUACACGCACGUGAGUGGCCUUACAAGAGUCAGCCAGCAGAGGUGAUCAUAUGGCAGAUUGGCAGUGGGAUGAAGCCCAACCUCGCCCAAACUGGCAUGGGAAAGGAGAUAUCAGACAUUCUGCUUCUGUGCUGGGCGUACAAGCAGGAAGAGCGGCCCAGCUUCUCCAUGCUGGUAGAUUUACUGGAAAAGUUGCCAAAACGGAAUCGUCGCCUUUCCCACCCAGGGCACUUCUGGAAGUCAGCUGAGUAUGUCAAAUGAGUUAGGGACACAAAACAGCAAACAAUCAGCAACUAUUAAAAAAACAACAGCCGCCAUAACUCUACAUAAAUAACCCACCUCCUUAAAGAAUGCACUGAAUCCAAAAGCCAGCCCAGUGAUGAAAACUGCCCACGCUGUGUGUAUUUUCAUGGAAUGUUGGCAUGUGUGUGUACAGAUAAGUUCAGCUUCUCAAAGCAGUCGGGACUCAUAUUUUCUUUGGUUUGAUUUAAACCAUACCGGAUAUUUUUCCUUUAUCUUUUUUGUCUUUUACUAUUGACUUUAUCCCUUCAUAAUAUUUGAUUUAUUGUCUGGAUGUAUCUUGCUUGUAACUUUUGACUGAUCACAUCAUCCUGAA